AUCAGUUCCAACGGUUUCUUCGUACAGCUAAGUAGUCUCAUCCUUUCCCAUAGACCACACAUUUAAACAUCUGAGCAAAAUGAAACUCUUCGUUGUCGCCACUCUUGCCUUGGUCGCCUUUGCUUCGGCCGAUGUCAGCCAUUUGUCAAGGACGUACUUGCCACCAUCCUACUCUUCGGGUGGUGUCGGCGGUGGUUCAUACUCAUCGGGUGGUAUCGGUGGUGGUUCAUACUCAUCGGGUGGUAUCGCUGGCGGUUCUUACUCAUCAGGUGGUGCUGGUGGUUCAUACUCAUCAGGUGGUGCUGGAGGUUCAUACUCCUCUGGUGGUUCAUACUCAUCAGGCGGUGCUGCUGGUCCAUCCAACGAAUACUUGCCACCUGUACAAAGCUACUCGCCACCUGCUCCAGUCUACUCUGCCCCAGCUCCAGCUCCAGUUUACUCUGCCCCAGCACCAGCUCCAGUUUACUCUGCUCCAGCUCCAGCUCCAGUCUACUCUGCCCCAGCUCCAGCACCAGUUUACUCAGCUCCUGCUCCAGCUCCAGUUUACUCUGCACCGGCACCAGCACCAAUCUUCUCCUCAGGCGGUAGCGGUGGCUCUUACUCCAGCGGCGGUUCAUACUCGAGCGGUGGUUCUUCAGGAUACUCUGGCCCAUCCAACACCUAUCUGGCUCCAGCUGCUCCAAGCUACUCAUCAGGUGGUUCUUACUCAUCUGGUGGAUCUGCUGGUCUCUCUGGCCUUUCUGCCGGUGGCUCUUACUCCAGCGGUGGUUCGUACUCGAGCGGUGGCUCUUCAGGAUACUCUGGCCCAUCCAACACCUAUGUGGCUCCAGCUGCUCCAAGCUACUCAUCAGGUGGUUCUUACUCAUCUGGUGGCUCAGCUGGUCUCUCUGGCCUUUCUGCUGGUGGCUCUUACUCCAGCGGUGGUUCAUACUCGAGCGGUGGUUCUUCGGGAUUAUCUGGCCCAUCUAACACUUACUUGGCUCCAGCUGCCCCAAGCUACUCAUCGGGUGGUUCAUCCUACUCGUCGGGCGGUUCAUCCUACUCGUCGGGUGGUUCAUCGUACUCUGGCGGCGAUGUUGGUACACAAUAUGCUUCCAACGGUGGUUAUGUCUACAAAAAGAAGAAACUCUUCGUUGUAGUCACUCUUGCGUUGGUCGCCAUCGCUUCGGCUGAUGUCAGCCAUUUGUCGAGAUCAUACCUAUCACCUAGCCAGGGUGGACACAGUCAGGGACAGAGCCAUGGUCCCGCUUCGGCUCCAAUAGUUGAAUACUUGGCACCCUCUACAAAUUAUGGUGGUCCAUCCUACUCUUCGGGUGGUGCUGGCGGUUCUUACUCUUCAGGUGGUGCUGGUGGCUCUUACUCUUUAGGCGGCGCUGGUGGUUCCUACACUUCAGGUGGUGCUGCUGGUCCGUCCAACGAAUACUUACCACCUGUACAAAGCUACUCACCACCUGCUCCAGUGUACUCUGCACCAGCUCCAGCCCCAAUCUAUUCUGGCCCAUCAUACUCCUUAGGAGGUAGCGGAGGCGGAUACUCGAGCGGCGGUGCUGGCGGUUAUUCAAGCGGUGGUGUCGUUGGUACUGGCGGUUACUCCAGCGGCGGUUCUUACUCUAAUGGUGGUUCUGGUGGGUCUUACUCUUCAGAUGGUGCUGGUGGCUCUUACUCUUCAGGCGGCGUUGGUGGUUCUUACACUUCAGGUGGUGCUGGCGGUUCUUACUCUUCAGGCGGUGCUGGCGGUUCUUACACUUCAGGUGGUGCUGCUGGCGGUAACGGAGGCGGAUACUCGAGCGGCGGUGCUGGCGGUUAUUCAAGCGGUGGUGUCGUUGGUGCUGGUGGAUACUCCAGCGGCGGAACUGGUGGUUACUCAAGCGGUGGAGCUGGUGGUUACUCUAGCGGCGGAACUGGUGGUUACUCAAGCGGCGGUACCAGUGGCUAUUCUAGCGGCGGUGCUGGCGGAUACUCAUAUGGUGGAGUUAGCGGUGCCGGUGGUUACUCUAGCGGCGGUGCUGGUGGUUACUCAAGCGGUGGAGCUGGUGGUUACUCUAGCGGCGGAACUGGUGGUUACUCAAGCGGCGGUGUUGGCGGUUACUCGAGUGGCGGUGUUGGCAGUUAUUCUAGCGGUGGUGCCGGUGGCUCUUACUACAACAGCGGUGCUGGUGGUUACUCCAGCGGUCGUGCUUCUGGCCCAUCAUACUCUGGCGGCAAUGCUGGCACCCAUAUCGCCGAUGUCAGCCUUUUGAGUCGCGCAUAUUUGCCACCCCACCAUAGUAAACCACAUGCAAUUGAACCUGCAAAGCCGCACCAACCACAAGUGCAACAUGUUGCAGUUCCACACGAGCAACCGGAUAUUAUAUUACUCGACGAGUCGGCCAAUGGCAACUCACAUGCUCUAAGGGAUGUCGAGCAAUCGCUGGAUAAAGAUCCCAUUACAAUAGCAAAGCAAAGUUUCACAGAUGAUAACGCCUCCAGUGAAUCCGUAAGCGAUCCAUUCUUUCAACCUGGUAUUGGUGGCUUUCCAGGCGCUGGAUUUCCACCCAGCUUUGUUGGACCACUAUAUCCGGGACAAGGUUUUACAGGAGCUGGCUUCCCGGGACAGGGUUUCCCUGGACAAGGCUUUCAGGGUGCUGGCUUCUCGGGACAAGGUUUCCCUGGACAAGGUUUUCCUGGCGCAGGCUUCCCGUCACAGGGCUUGCCAGGACAAGGCUUCCCUGGACAAGGAUUUCCGGGACAAGGAUUUCCGAGUGCAGGUUUUCCAGGACAGGGUUUUUCGGGAGCUGGCUUUCCUGGACAGGGUUUCCCUAGCCAAGGCUUCCCAGGACAGGGCUUCCCAGGACAGGGCUUUCCUGGACAGGGUUUUCCUGGCCAAGGCUUCCCUGGACAAGGCUUUCCUGGACAGGGUUUCUCCGGCCAAGGCUUUCCAGGACAGGGCUUUCCGGGAGCCGGUUUUCCAGGACAAGGCUUUCCCGGCCAAAUCUUCCCAUCACAAGCGGGCGGUUUUCCAGGCUUACCUUACCAAACAGCUUCACAGCAACAGUCCGGCGGCGAUUUCAACAAACCACAGCCCGUAGACGGUCUUAACCCUCGUAUGCAAGCAACGCCCAUAGCCAGCGAUACAAAUUUUUUUGCAAUUCUCAGCAUAUUGCUGGUAGCCAGCCAAAUAGUUAACGCCGACGUUAGCCAUCUCUCUAAUAACCAGUAUCUACCACCCAGUCAAGAUGCGCAACACGUUUCCGUCGAUACCGCUAUUGCACCAUAUCAACCACCGGCUCAACAACAACAAGAGCAGCAGCAAUACCAGCACCCUCCAAAAAGCUUCCUACCUAGCGGAGUUGAGAUUAUUAGAUCAAUUCCCAUCGCCAGCUUUUCGUUAAGCAACACUGUGCCAACACAACAGACAAGCUAUGCGCAAGCUCCAGUUUAUGCUUCUGGCCAAUCUCAUGCUCAAAGUGGAACUGGCUCUGAUAACAAUCAAGCGCCACAAAACAACAACUAUCAGACACCACAAAGCAACUAUCAGGCACCACAGAGUAACUAUCAGCCACAAAAACAGCAACAGUCAGGAUCUCAGCACCCUGUUGGGCAACAAAACGAUGGCUCUUACAACUACGGUUCACCUGCAGUAGCACCAGCGCCAGCUCCAGCAGCGGCUCCAGUACAGCAAUCUUACGCUGCCCGUGCACUUUUACCGGCUCCUGCGCCAGCACCAGCCCCUCAACAUCACUCAGCCCAACAAAAUGAUGGCUCUUACAACUACGGCUCACCAGCAGCAGCACCAGUACCGGCAUCAGCUCCAAUACACCAAUCUUAUGCUGCCCCUGUUCCAGCUCCCACACCUCAGCAAUCAUACGCUGCUCCAACUCCAAUAGAACAAACCUACGCCGCUCCUGCUCUAGCUCCAGCUCCAGCUCCAGCUCCUCAAUAUAGUUUCGGACAACAAAAUGAUGGUUCUUAUAAGUACGGUUCUCCAGCACCAGCGCCUGAACAGCAAACGUACGCAUCACCUGCACUAGCACCGGCUCCAGCACCAGCUCCUGUGCACCAAGCACAGUUGUCAGGCUCCUCUUUUUCUUCAAGCGGGCAGCAAAAUGAUGAUUCUUACAAUAUUGGUGCCCCAUCACCCGUAGCAACACCCAUUAAAAAUUAUGUGUCACCAACUCACUCUGCAGCACCAAGCCCAUCUUAUUCUGGUGAAGAUCAACAAAGCUAUUCGGCACCUGCACCAGCACCAACACCGGCAGCACCUUCGUAUUCGGCACCACCUCAACUAUCUUAUUCAGCUCCAGCGGCACCUUCGCACGAAUACCUUCCACCAGCUUCAGCACUUGCCCCAACACCAGAGCAAGUUAACUACUCAUCUCCAGCUCCAGCACCCGCUUCUGUACCUGCACCCGCACCGCAAUCUUACUCGGCCCCAGCUCCAACCCCACAAGUUUCCAACGAAUACCUGCCUCCCGCUCCACAGCCGGGUAGCUACAACCCCUCACCACAGCAAUCCUAUUCUGCACCCCCUCAACAAUCUUUCUCUGCACCUGCCAAGCAGAAUUAUGCACCGGCCCCACAAGUUUCAAAGGAAUAUCUUCCACCUAUAUCAGCACCCGCACCACAAACUUAUUCAGUUCCACAGCAGGAAAUUCCAGCAGAGACAGUGCAUGAACAUGGACACAAACAAUCUGAGGGAGAUGGCUUAAGACAAACUGUGGUACAAAACUCCUCAGGUGAUCAGGGAGAAAGUAUUGUUGCAGCUCCAACUCCAAACCAGCAAACUUACGAAGCUCCUGCCCCAGCCCCUGCUCCUGAGUAUUUACCACCGCAACAAUCUUACUCGGCUCCGGCUCAACAGUCAUACUCGGCUCCGGCUCAACAGUCAUACUCGGCUCCGGGUCAACAGUCCUACUCGGCUCCGGCUCAACAGUCUUACUCGGCUCCGGGUCAACAGUCUUACUCGGCUCCGGCUCAGCAAUCUUAUUCGGCUCCAGUUCAGCAAUCCUACUCAACGCCAGCGCUACAGUCAUACUCGGCUCCCGCCCCAGCGCCAAUAAAUCAACAAUUCUUACCUCCAGUACCCGAAAAACAACCAUCAUUCACCGCAGUACAGGGUAACCAAGACUAUUCUUCUCCCUCAAAAGGUCCUGCUCAACAAUCGUAUUCGGCACCAGCACAAGAGUCUUACUCUGGACAAGCUCCAGCUCCUGUUAGCAAUAAAUUCAUCCCACCAGCUCCAGUGAAACAAGUUAUGUUAACGCCAGCGGCAGCUCCAGUUGGCCAUCAAUCUUAUUUGGCCUCUCUACCAGCUCCAGCUCCAAUCAAUAAUGAGUAUCUACCUCCAUCGCAAGUGCAACAAUACCAUGCUGGUCCAGCGCAACCAACAGUCAAUCAACAGUCUAAUAUAGAUUCAUUCCCAGCUCGAGCACAACUGUCGUAUCCCUCUCCAGCUCCAGUUAACAAUGAAUAUCUACCACCGGUUUCAGCAUCAGCUGCCCCGUCUUACGAAACACCAGCAGCUCCUUCUUAUUCGGCUUCAGCAACCCCCUCUUACCAAGGACCAGCAACUCCUCCUAAAUCGGCUCCGCCAGCUCCUUCUUACCCGGCUUCAGGAGCUCCAUAUCACUUCACACAAGCGGGUCCCUCUUACUCAGCUGCAGCAACUCCUUCGUACUCUGCUCCUGCCCCACAGCAUCCCUCGGUAAGCCAAGAAUACUUGCCACCAACAACACAGAGCUAUUCGGCUCCAGCACCGAUUCCAGUCCACCAUAGCCGUUCGGGUGGCACCGUUUUGAGCCAAACCGUUGAACAAAUAUUUUCGGACUAUCAAUCAGGGCGUAAUUCUCAAAGCCAAUCGCCUCAAUAUGAAACUCCCUCUGCUCCAGCAUUGGCAUCACAAGCUGGCCCAAGCUUCCACGCCUCGUCACAUGCAACGGCGCCUGAAGUUAGCAAUCAAGACUACGGCACCGAAUACGCUAGCAAUGGCGGUUACGUUUACAGAAAAGCGAAAUAAACUGUGGGAGAUAGUCGACAGAAGGGAGGAAUUGUGAGCACACACAACAGCUGUUGUUGUUGCUCGUUUUUGUAGUUUUAAAUAUUCGAAUUUGCAUUUAAUCAUUUAAAUAGCUUUUUAUAGCAUCUUAUUGCCAUGAUGUCAGCGCCAUGCUGUCAAUUUGUUGUUCCAUAACAAUUUUGGUUUAUACUGUUAUCUCAUUUGUAAAUAAAAACUUAUCGCGUUAAUAAUAAUCGCACAUAUACAUAUGUACAUACAUAAAAAAAUUAA